AUGAUCCCGGACACAACUAUACUUAACACCAAGACGGUAGCUGAAAUUGUCAGGAUGGGUUACACCAGAAUCCCUGUUUAUUCUGAUGGUGACAAGAACAAUGUUACUGAUAUUCUCUUUGUCAAGGAUCUUGCCCUUCUCGAUCCGGACGAUAAUUUCACUGUAAAAACUGUGUGCGGUUAUCAUAAACAUCCUGUGAAAUUUGUUUUCAACGACACGCCAUUGAGUAUUCUUCUGGAGGCGUUUAAGAAGGGUGAAGGCCAUUUGGCUAUGGUUAAAAAGCUCAACGAGGACGAAGAACAUGAUCCUACUUAUGAACUUGUGGGUGUGGUAACCCUAGAAGAUAUUGUUGAAGAAAUCUUGCAGGUGAUUCAAAUCUAA